AUGACCCUCUCUAAGAUCACCUCUGAUGGUGUAUAUCGCAUCAAAGUCCUCAACAAGGACUCAUACGCAAAAUAUAUUCAUGACAAACCUGCUGACCCAUGGGUCAAGCUCACAAGCCUCGACACUUCCUCUAACGAGCAAAAGGUUUCAUUCUGUGCCUACCCAUGCAACUACUGGAAGAUCUCAGCUGUCUCGGGAAAGACGAACGUCUACACCAUCACAAAUGUCGUGAACAUCGCCGGUCUCAACUACAAGAGAACCUCAGAGACGUACUGGGGAUAUGGAUAUCCGCAACCCAAGGCGAAUGCUGCGUCUCUGAACUGGAAUAUUCAAGAGUCGACGAUUGGUGGAACUAAAUAUGCCACGUAG